GUGACGGUCACGGGACUCAGCUCUGUCUGGCUUCCUGAAAGAGAGGGAGUGAUGAGCGGGGGUCUUGGAGCCCAACAGGACAGGGAGAAGGAGCUGGAAGUUCUGCAGUUCUGGAAGGUGCGCGUGGAGAGUGAGCUGGACCAGGUGGUGGCGUUCUGGACCAAGAACUCGCACGACCCGGAGCACGGGGGUUUUCUCACGUGCUUGGGCCACGACGGGGAGGUAUAUGACGACCUCAAGUACGUGUGGCUGCAGGGGAGGCAGGUGUGGAUGUAUUGCCACCUGUACCGCAAGUUCGAGCGCUUCCGCCAGCCAGAGCUUCUGGAUGCUGCGAAAGCAGGUGGCGAGUUCUUGCUACGCUGCGCCAGAGUGGCGCCUCCUGAGCAGAAGUGCGCCUUCACUCUGACACGGGACGGUCGCCCAGUCAAAGUGCAGCGGACCAUCUUCAGCGAAUGCUUCUAUACCAUGGCCAUGGACGCGCUGUGGAAGGUGACGGGGGACACGCGAUACCAGAGGGAAGCAACGGAAAUGAUGGACCAGAUCGUCCACUGGGUGCGGGAGGACCCGUCGGGGCUGGGCCGGCCCCAGCUUGCGGGGACCCCAGCUGCCGAGUCCAUGGCGGUUCCCAUGAUGUUGUUGAGCCUCGUGGCACAGCUCGGGGAUGAGGAUGAGGUGCUGGCAGGCAGAUAUGCUGAGCUGGGGGACUGGUGCGCCCAGAAGAUUCUGCAGCACGUCCAGAGGGAUGGCAGAGCUGUCCUGGAGAACGUGUCUGAGGACGGCCAGGAGCUCCCUGGCUGCCUGGGCCGACACCAGAACCCAGGUCAUGCGCUGGAGGCUGGCUGGUUCCUGCUUCAGUAUGCCAGCAGGAAAGGUGAUCCUGAGCUUCAAGCCUACGUGAUCGAGAAGUUUCUCCUGCAGCCCUUUAACUCUGGAUGGGACCCCAAUUAUGGGGGUCUCUUUUACUUCCAGGAUGCUGAUGGCCUCUGCCCCACCCAGCUGGAGUGGAAUAUGAAACUGUGGUGGCCGCACUGUGAAGCCAUGAUUGCCUUCCUCAUGGGUUACAAAGACAGUGGGAACCCUGCCCUGCUGCGUCUCUUCAAGAAGGUGGCAAAGUAUGCCUUCCUCCGGUUUCGCGAUCCUAAGCAAGGCGAAUGGUUUGGCUACCUGAACCGGGAGGGGCAGGUCGCGCUCACCAUCAAAGGGGGCCCUUUCAAAGGCUGCUUCCACGUGCCGCGGUGCCUGGCCAUGUGCGAGGAGAUGCUGGGCACCCUGGUGAGCAACCACGCCCUGGACCCCGGAGCCUCCUGUGCCCUGCCCGUCGCCCCUGCCCGCUGUGGCACGGAAUAAAGCUCGGCCUGCUGCA